AUGGCAUUUGUAAAUCACUGCACACGACAAACAACAGCGACGAAGAAUCCAGUGAAUUCUUAUCGUCGCCAUGAAAUAUCAUCGGAUGAUCUAUCAUCGUCAGUUAAAUCAUCAACAGAUGAUGAUGAAUCGUGCAUUGAUCUUGAUACAACAUUAAAAUUAGUUUUCGCUGUCUAUACUCAUCCUGUUCAUAGGGAAAAACUAAAGCACAUAUUAACAAAAAUAAAACAAAAUCGGCAAUAUAAGCAUAUUAUUAUUCUUGCAAAUGCAUUUAGACUAGUAUAUUUAUUGCGAACUCUUAUUGAUCAUCUCUAUGAUGAACAAAUUAAUUUGAUUGACAGACGCUAUAUUCAUCCUGUUGAUAACUCAAAGAUUGUGGCCACUUUACAAACAUUUGCUUUUGAUCCAUCUAUUAUUCACCAUUUUUGUCACACAAUUGAUAAUUUACAAUGCCAGAUAAAGCAACAUAUUCACGUUAGAAAAUUAAACAAUAAGAAAUAUACUGAAAUAAAACAGUCACGAAAUAAAAAGGGCAAAUUAUUUCGAACAAGACAUAUUAGUCGAAAAGGUCGGAAAACUUACUCGAUUACAACAGAUGAAAUUUUAUCGUCUGAUGCAAUGGAAUCAUCGUCACAAAAAUUAUUCGAAAAUAAAUUAACACAAACAGUUGAAGACAAAACUGUUGAAACACAACAUAAUAUUAAAAAAAAUUCGUUUUAUUUAAAACCUGACUACGUUCAACAGAAUAUUCAAUCUAAAAACAAUAACUAUUAUGAUCUUGAAAACAACGGUAAAUCAACAAUUUCUUCAGCAAAAAUCCUAUGUCCCUCAUGCAAACAACAAUUAAUAUCAAGUAUUAUCACGCCAAAUCUAAAGCAAGAAUGUGCUAAAAAUUUCAUAAUGCCAUUACGACAUGAAAAUAGUCGAUUAUCGAAUAAUAAUAGUGGUGAAAAAUCAAUGCACUUUCGUCCGAUUUCUCCUCAGCCAUUACAACAACCAUCAAGUCAACGAUUUUGGAUUUCUCAAUGGAAUAAUUUGUUUAAUUAUGUUCAAAAUGAAGAUGAAACGAUAAGUGUUAAUCAGUGUUCAUCAAACAAAAAAUCAACAAAACAACGCAAAAGUCAAAUGUUAUUUGUAGAUAAUUGUACUUCAUCGUGUGAAUUAGAUAGAGCCGAAUUAUUAGAAAAUAACCAUAGGACUCAACAAACGAAAAAAUGUCAGAUUAAACGACAAAAUACAAAUAGAACGAUCAACAUAGAAAAACACUAG